GUGAGUGACACUGUCGCCCUCUGUGAUCAACAAGAUCAACGUGUGCCGUGCCCUCUCCAACAUUACCGUCGUAUCCGAGCCAUCCGAAAUCGGUGCUGGCGUCGGUCACUUUCCUCUAAAAAAAAUAGUGACCCAGAGGACAAAAAUUCACCAUGUUUCGGACUGUGUUGUUGAUACGCCAAGAACUUGGCAGUGCCUGCAGCCGCUCCCACCGUUUGGUGCAAAUCGCGAGGGUGUGCACCGCAGGAAACCACGGGAAAACCUCCAAUCGCAGCUAUGGAACGCCGGGUCUUAGGAGCAGCAACAGUUCACUGUGGUCCAAACAAUGGAGAAAAGAGGUGCAGCGACGGUCAUACAGUGCGGGCAACCUUCCCAACCACCAGAGGGUCCUGCUUCCUGCAUUGUCCCCAACAAUGGAGAUGGGGACGAUUAUCUCCUGGGAGAAGAAGGAAGGGGACAAGCUGAACGAGGGUGACCUCUUGUGCGAAAUCGAAACAGACAAGGCAACAAUGGGCUUCGAGACCCCCGAAGAGGGCUACCUUGCCAAAAUCAUCAUCCCGGCCGGCACCAAAGAUGUCCCUCUUGGCAAGCUCCUCUGCAUUCUCGUCUACGACGAGGCAGAUGUUGCUGCCUUCAAAGACUUUGUGGACGACGGCACUGCAGCACCCACUGCUCAGCCCAAGGCUGCAGCUGCUCCGGCAGCGCCGGCUCCGGCUCCAGCUCCCGCAGCGGCUCCGGCUCCGGCUCCGGCUCUGACUCCGACGACACCCAUUCCGUCCAUGGCUGGUGCUCCGGCCGCGGGAGUGGGGGGUCGCCUCUUUGCGAGUCCCCUUGCCAAGCGGCUGGCGGCAGAACAAGGCCUCAAUCUAGCCCAAAUCCCGGUUGGCAGUGGACCCGGGGGUCGAAUUGUGGCUCAGGACUUGGCUUCGGCUGUGCCGAUGGCUGCGGCUGCGGCUCCAGUUGCCGCUGGGACGAAGUACACAGACAUCUCCCUUACGAGCAUGCGACAGACGAUCGCGAAACGACUACUCCAGUCAAAGCAAACAAUUCCCCAUUACUACCUCUCGGUGGACAUCAACAUGGACGCCGUCAUGAAGCUUCGUGAGGAGUUCAACAAGGCAAUGGAGAAGGAGAACAUCAAGCUUUCGGUGAAUGACUUUGUGAUCAAAGCCACUGCCCUGGCCUGCAAGAAAGUGCCGCAGGCAAACUCCUCCUGGCAGGAGACUUUCAUCCGAGAGUACAAGUCGGUCGAUGUCAAUAUGGCUGUGAGCACACCCGAAGGUCUUAUUACUCCAAUUGUGUUUGGAGCGGAGAAAAAGGGACUUGCGAGCAUCAGUGAAGAGACAAAGAACUUGGCUUCGAAAGCACGGGACAAGAAAUUACAGCCACACGAGUUUCAGGGUGGAACGAUAACCGUGUCCAACCUCGGGAUGUUUGGAGUCAAAAAUUUCUCUGCAAUCAUCAACCCUCCUCAGGCUUGCAUCCUGGCAGUCGGCUGCACAGAAGACGUCUUGGUUCCAGAUGAAAACAGCAAUACAGGGUACAGGGCAGUGAAGAUGAUGUCGGUGACGUUGAGCUGCGACCACCGCGUGGUGGAUGGGGCGGUAGGAGCACAGUGGCUGCAGCACUUCAAGCGUCUGCUGGAGAGGCCAGACCUCAUGCUGCUUUGAAGACUGCCCCAUCAUGCUCACUUCUUGUAAUUUAUGUUACCUAGGUAGCGUCUUCGAAUAAACAUCUGUCUCCCCCUCCUCAGCGAGUGCCACUACUACUUAAGUGGCUACUGAAAGACUAGAGAACUUUCAAAUGGAUCGCCGCAGAAACGUGGAAAAAAAAAAGUGGAUGGAUGUUUUUUCGUCUGCUGUCAUUGUUGUGUUUGGAUAGAUAUUAAAACUUUAUUGACUAA